UAUUCAAAAUUCAUUGGGCAGUGACGAAGUGAGUGUUCAUCAGGAACAUGGCUUCUGCAAAGAAAAAGUUAGAUGAAUAUCACUUGAAGGUUUUACGUCAGUUAGUGACUUUACCUGCUAAUAAAGAGUGUUUUGACUGUCACCAAAGAGGCCCAACAUACGUAAACGUAACAAUAGGUUCAUUCGUGUGCACAACAUGCUCUGGAAUGCUGAGAGGAUUGACGCCACCUCACAGAGUGAAAUCUAUUUCAAUGGCCACUUUUACACCAGAAGAAAUAGAUUUUGUCAAAGAUAGAGGAAAUGAUUUUUGUAGAAGAACAUGGUUAGGCCUAUUAGACUCACAACAACCUACCAAAGAUGAACAGCAGAUUAAAGACUUUAUGAUAGCGAAAUAUGAAAGGAAAAGGUAUUAUAUAGAUCCAGCUGUUGCAUCUGCUAUUAGCAAAACCACCAAUGGAAAUUCACCGUCACCUAGUAAAUCACUAAUUCCGAGCCAGUCAACAAGUGUAACUCCAGCUUUGCCCACCAACACAGCCGUCCAUCCUCAUCCUACUACUUUAGCUUUCAAAGCACCAACACCUCAGACUAACAGCAACACCAAUAUGUUCACACCAGAGCCUUUUGCGGAUUUCAGCAACUUGUCAAUACCCCCGCCAUGUGAUCCAUUCAACAGUUCACAGUCCGCCGCAGCCCCCACUUCCGCUGCUCAGCCUUCUUUUGCAAACUUUGACAAUAAUCCUGUCUUCAAUAACUCUAGCAGUACAGCCAGCUUAGACAUAUGGACAGAAAUAGCAACACUUUCUCCUCCUCUCUUCAAAGUUCCCAUGCGUCCCAUUUCGGGAAGGGCAUCAUGCCCACCUACGAAUCGUUGGAGUGUCCCUGGUGUCGGGGAGGCAGGAACUGUACCUGGGGAGGACAGGUAUGCUGCACUAAAAGAUCUCGACUGUCUGAUGAAGUCUCAACAACAGCAGCAGGCCGUGGAACCACCUGCUUCUGGAGUUGAAUGGAGCUCAGGAUUAAGUAAUGGAAUAACAAAUGUGUGGUCAGCUCCAACACUAUUUCCUUCCACAACACUCCCAGCAAAGGAUGCUACUGUGAUGUCAAACCCUUUCAAAGGUGAAGGAUCAUGGAAUAAUGGCGAUGUUGGUGCUAACCCCUUUCGACAUUCUAGGCCCAUAUCAACAGAAGCUGUGUGGUCUGGUGUCACAAAUGGCCAGAUGUCAAAUGGAUUCACAACCAGUCAGUCACUUAAUUUCUCUGCACCUAAGGUUCCUUGGAAUAACGAGUCAAUCAAUAAUCCUUUCAUGCUGGGCACCAGUCCACAGACGGCCGGGCACCACUCUAGCAACCCCUUCUUGUAGAGGAGCUUCGGAACACUACUGUAGUGGUUACCAAUGUUUUAAGUAACUUUCCAUUUGUAUUUUACUUUUACCAACUUGAUGUGUUGAACAUGUUUGUUUUGUAUUUUGUGUGUAUUUCUGUUCAUACACAAGCCUUCUAAGUUUGAUGACGGAUUGUAAAUAAAACUUAGAGAAAUCACCUGAGGAAUUUCUAAAUGAAUAGAUUUAAUACAAAAAAAUUAUAUUGUUAUUAUUGUUUCAGUAUAAUUUUGUUCCAGAUUAGUUUACAAAUUAUGGUUUGUAACGUGUUAAAAUUUGUUAAUAACUUCUGUAUUAUAUGCAAACGUAUUACAUGUGAUUUAUGUGUAACAGAGUAAUAAUAACUUGACAUAUUGAAUUGUUUUACGUUUUAAUGUUAUAAUAAAUUUUCUGACUGAAAUUUCAUAAUAAUUUCAAGCUAUGUAUAAGAUUAUUGGAAUAAUAAUGGAUAUACUUAGUUAACUCAUACAAGCCCAAUUCAGGAAAAAAUAGGUUAAUAUAUGAAUCUUAUUUUGAUCAUUUAUCGUAUUUUUAUGUUUUUUUAAUUGUUAUUUCUCAACAUAGCUAUUAUUAUUUUUAAUGUACAUUAAUGUUCCUUUAUUAAGGAGUAUUGGUAUAACAUCUUUCAUUUUUAUGCCAAGAUUAGUCUUAAGUAUUUCACAUAUUUAAAAAUAACUAAAAAAUACAGAGCCCAUGCUAACUUAAGUAAACAUUUAAGCAAAAUUAUUUAUUUUUUCUUAUUGUAAUUCAUAAAUAGACAAAAUUUCAAUUAUUAUUUUAAUAAAUUGAUCCUAAAGUUUAAAAAACAUCAUGAAAAAUGCAAUAAUCUAUUAAGUUCAGUGUAACACAGAAUUGACAGAAUGAUGAAAUUAUUGACAACAAGAGAUUUAGCCAGUCUACGUUAUUGUAUAAGGAAGUCGCCAGCAGAAAAGUACUAUUUGGACUACAACAAAUUUUAAAAGCUCGGACCUUUUAUUCUUUUUUUUCAUCUUGGUACAUCUCACCCAGUUCUUGUGUAUAGUGCAAAAUUAUUCUCAAUGAAUCUGGCAUGAAAAUAUAGACAUAUCAUUUGGGCACAUUAUAGUCACUAUAGUGGGAUUUUUAAUGCUAUUAAAUGUGUUUUAGAUACAAUUAUGUAGAAAACCAAAAGUUCAAAUUAAUUCCAAAAUCUGUUUGUCAAAGCAAUGACAGUACAAUAUUAAGGACAUUUGUUUCUUUUCUUUUCACAAAAUACUCAGCUGGGAUAUAUUAUUAUCUGAAGUGAGUUUGAUGAUUUACUGUCAAAAGUAACAUUUAUUACAAAUAUAACAACAAUUAUUUUCACUCAUAUAAAAUUCCAGAUUAUUAAAAAUUAUUAAACAAUUUGUUUGUAUUUGUAAUAUUCUGUUACAUACAAUAAAAUCAGUAGUGGGUAUAUGAUAAGGGCGAAAGUAGUGUAACAUUCAACUUUUUACAUUAACAUAGUUGGGGUAAAUACUGAAAUGAAUUUUAUCUAAUUAAGUAUGUCCUUUCAAGACCAAAUAUUUCAUGUUUAUUUUAUCAUAAUUUUACUCUACUCUGUGUACACUUUAUUUUUAAGAGUAGUUAAUAUUCUAUUGCCUCCUUUAAACAGUUUUAAUGUUUUAAUGAGGGCUUGUGUAUCUUUGUAAAUAAAUAUUUUAUAUACCAAUCAUCUUUUUUGUGUAUUUUGUAACUUUUUUUAGUAACUGUGAUUAACUUGAUAAAUUCAAGAAGCCUUAGAAACGCCUGUUAAUAUAAUUAUGUAAUAAUGAUUUGUCCAAAUAUAUUACAGUAGUUGAUGCUAUGAUGUUUGCCACUAUUUUAUUAUAUUAAAAUAAGACAAUAUUGUUGUAUUUUAUGAUUUAUUGUUAAGUUUUUCAUCCCGACUUUUGGUGCAGUUGUUGUAAAGCAUUAUAGAUGAAUACGUUAUUUUUAAAGAAAACUUUUAAUUGAAAUAGCAUAAACUAUGAAUUACACGAUCUAAGCUUUUGUACAGACGGGUUGAUGUGCACCACGAAAACAAAUUGCCUUCUAGAAACGCUUGUAAUGAAUGUUCAAUAGUGAAUCUCACUAGUUGCAAACUAUUAAUUAAUUAAUGUGCUUAAGUUACAAACUGUGGAAGUCUGCCACUCUACAUCCAUGAUUGAUUACUUUUCAUAACAAUAAUUACUAUAUAUAGCAUUUCACACUGACUGCUGUCCAUAUUUUAUGCUCACGUUGGUCAUAAAAUGAUUCAGCUGUAUGAAAUAUUUUUUUCUCAGAGAAAGAUAUGCUGUGCAUAAUUUCUGUGAUAUUACAGUAAAUGAAGAAAAACAAUACUGUUAUUUUGUAAAAACAAUAAAAUUGUAGAAAAGA